GCCGUUGGCCGUGCGGCGCGGCGGGGCAGGCACAACCCCGCGGGCAGCGGCGGGGGCAGCGGGGGCGUCCCGCCUUCCUCCCCCGCUCUCGCCUCCCUCCCCUCGGCGCUCCGGACAGGACAAUGGAGGAGGAGGCGGCAGCGGCGGCGGCGGCGGCGGCGGCGGCGGCGGCGGCGGCGGCAGCAGGGGGGGCCCUGCCCGGCCCGGCGGAUCGCGGCGGGGCGGCGGCGCUGAGCGGGGAGAACGAGGCCGAGAGCCGCCAGGGCCCGUCGGAGCGCGGCGGGGAGGCGGCCCCGCUCAACCUGUUGGACACUUGCGGCGUGUGCGGGCAGCCCAUCCAGAGCCGGCGGCCCAAGCUGCUGCCCUGCCUGCACUCGGUGUGCCUGCGCUGCCUGCCGCCGCCCGACCGCUACCUCAUGCUGCCCCCCGCCGGCCCCCCCGCGUCCGCCGCCGCCCCCCACAAGGAGCCGCAGCCGCCGGAGCCCCCCUCCCCGCCCGGCUCCUCGCCCCUGCACUGCACGCCCGUUGGUGUUAUCCGCUGUCCAAUUUGUGGUCAGGAAUGUGCAGAGAGACACAUCAUAGAUAACUUUUUUGUGAAGGAUACCACAGAGGUUCCCAGUAGCACAGUAGAAAAAUCAAAUCAGGUCUGUACAAGCUGUGAAGAUAAUGCAGAAGCUAAUGGUUUUUGCGUGGAAUGUGUGGAAUGGUUGUGCAAAACCUGUAUCAGAGCUCACCAGAGGGUUAAAUUCACAAAGGAUCAUACUGUAAGACAGAAAGAGGAAGUAUCUCCAGAGGCAGUUGGUGUGACCAGUCAACGACCUGUGUUUUGCCCUUACCACAAAAAGGAGCAGUUGAAAUUAUAUUGCGAAACCUGUGACAAGUUGACCUGCCGAGACUGCCAGUUAUUAGAACACAAAGAGCACAGGUACCAGUUUAUAGAAGAAGCUUUUCAGAACCAGAAAGUGAUCAUUGAGACACUCAUCACCAAAUUGAUGGAGAAGACUAAAUAUAUAAAAUAUACAGGGAAGCAGAUUCAAAACAGAAUUCUUGAGGUGAAUCAGAAUCAAAAGCAGGUGGAACAGGAUAUUAAAGUUGCCAUAUUUACACUGAUGGUAGAAAUAAACAAAAAGGGAAAAGCUCUGCUGCAUCAGUUGGAGACUCUGGCAAAAGAGCAUCGGAUGAAACUUUUGCAGCAACAACAGGAAGUGGCAGGUCUCUCUAAACAGCUGGAACAUGUCAUGAAUUUUUCCAAAUGGGCAGUUUCCAGUGGGAGCAGCACAGCACUACUGUACAGCAAACGCUUGAUUACAUAUCGACUACGCUAUCUUCUCCGAGCGAGGUGUGAUGCUUCACCAGUGACUAACAAUACCAUCCAGUUUCACUGUGACCCUAGCUUCUGGGCUCAAAAUAUUUUUAAUCUAGGUUCUCUGGUAAUUGAAGAUAAAGAAGCAGCACCGCAUAUGCCCAAGAGCCCUGUGAUGGAAACAAAUUUGCAGCCAGCAGGCAACUUACCUUCAAACCAGCUGUCUAAGUUCCCAACACAAAUAAACUUGGCUCAGCUCCGACUCCAGCACAUGCAGCAACAGGUUAUGGCUCAGAGGCAGCAAGCUCAGCGCAGAGCAGGUCCAGUAGGUUUACCAAAUCCAAGAAUGCCUGGAGCUAUGCAGCAGCCUCCUGCUUCUCAUCAGGCACCUCCGCGCUUGAUUCAUUUUCAGAAUCAUAGCCCUAAGUCCAAUGGUUCAGCUCCUCCUGCACAACAGAUGAGAUUUCCCCCAAAUCAGAACCUACCAAGGCAAGCAAUAAAGCUCAACCCAUUGCAGAUGGCAUUCUUGGCACAGCAAGCUAUAAAACAGUGGCAGGUUGGUAAUGGACAAACUUCAACUGCCACUUCAACUGCAAGCAACAUAACAUCUACUCCAUCCAGUCCCACAAUCACUAGUGCUGCGGGAUGUGAUGGGAAGACAUAUGGUGCUCCUGUGAUAGACUUGAGUUCUCCAGUGGGUAGCUCCUACAAUCUGCCAUCUCUUCCUGAUAUCGAUUGUUCAGGAAACAUCACACUGGAUACUGUGGCAAGGAAGGAUGGCACUGCAGAGCAGAGCCAGGCAAAACCCCCUUCAAACAGAACUGUGCAGUCACCAAAUUCAUCAGUACCAUCACCAGGCCUCUCAGGAGGCGUGAAUGUGACAAACAUACACCCUCCAAUUCGUUCACCCAGUGCCUCCAGCGUUGGGAGCAGAGAGAGUUCUGGCUCUUCUAGCCGGCCACUGGGAGCUGAUUCUACACAUAAAGUCCCAGUUGUUAUGUUGGAGCCGAUCAGAAUUAAACAAGAGUCAAGUGCACCAAAUGAGAACUUUGAUUUCCCAAUUGUUAUAGUGAAGCAAGAAACAGAGGAGGAAUCCCGGCCCCGGAAUACCACCUUUUCAAGAAGCAUACUUACUUCAUUGCUGUUAGAUGGCAAUCAUAAUUCCACUUCUGAUGAAGCUGUCAUAAGAACAGAUGCACCAGACAGCACAGAUGAUCAACCAGGGAUACUGCUGGAGAAUACAACCACUGGGAAGUCGGGAUGGAUAGGCCCCUCACACGCUGGGGAGGGCAGAAAAGAGGAUGAUCCCAAUGAAGACUGGUGUGCAGUAUGUCAAAAUGGAGGGGAGCUCCUUUGUUGUGAGAAAUGUCCCAAAGUGUUCCAUCUUUCUUGUCAUGUCCCUUCGCUGAUGAACUUUCCAAGCGGGGAGUGGAUUUGUACGUUCUGUCGGGAUUUGUCCAAGCCAGAAGUUGAAUAUGAUUGUGAUAAACCCACUCACAGCCCUGAAAAAAGAAAACUGGAAGAUACUGUGGGUUUGGCGCCAAUAGACCGUAGGAAGUGUGAAAGGUUGCUGCUAUACCUCUACUGUCAUGAAAUGAGUCUUGCUUUUCAAGAUCCAGUUCCUCCCACGGUUCCUGAUUACUACAAAAUAAUCAAAAAGCCUAUGGACUUGUCAACCAUCAAGAAAAGACUUCAAGUGACCAGUUCAUUCUACACAAAGCCAGAAGAUUUUGUGGCGGACUUCAGACUGAUUUUCCAAAACUGUGCUGAAUUUAAUGAGCCUGAUUCAGAAGUGGCUGAUGCUGGCAUGAAACUUGAAGCAUACUUUGAAGAACUUCUAACUAGCCUGUAUCCUGAGAGAAAGUUCCCUGUACAGCCUAACUGCCAGAGUGAAAGAGAGAACACAGAACUUAGUGAUGACUCAGAUGAUGACUUUGUACAGCCCCGGAAAAAACGCCUCAAAGGAGAAGACCGUCAGUUGCUUAAAUGAGACGCACGUGUGACUAUGGAACGUUUUUUAAAAACUAAGAAUAUUUAUCAGUCAAUUGUAAAAAGGGGAAAAGUCAUGACUGCUUUGACCUGUAGGUUUGUGGAUAUUUACUAGACUUCCUACCCCUUGUCUGAAACACAAAUCUAAUGGAGAUCCUAGGCAUGUGGAAAGCUUCUCUGAAGUUCCAAACUUUCAUCAUACUUCUGGAACAGCACAGAAAUUGUGAUUUGUGUGGAGUGACAGCUGUUUAACUUUUCUUUGAGGAAGAAAAUAAGUUUGUAUAGAACUAAAUUUUAAAACAUUACAUGGAUUCAACUGAAUGGCUUUCUGAGUUUGAAGAAAAUGUGAUCUCACUGGACAUUUAAUUUUACCAAAGGCAUGUGGCUGGCCAUAACUUGAUUUUUGUACUGUAUUUAACACAAGCCAUGAAAACAGGUGGUGUAAUAUUGUUGUCCUACAAUACUGACUGGUACAAUGAAAGUGUAGUUACUCCCAAAGACGUUAUUGGCAAUUUUAAAAUGUAAGGGAGAGUGUAUUAAAAAACUUA